ACGUGUGUUUGCGCAAGUGUGAAUUUAGCUAAUUAUAAACUACUGUAUAUUUAUUCAUCGCAACUAUAGUGCGCAUACUCACCCACAAUCGUGCAUAUAUCGAUUUAAAACACGCAUGCUGUCGAUUAUGUGAGUGUACAAAACCACCACGCACAUGUUUUUACCCACGCUUACAGAUUCAUAUGCAUUUAUAUAUAGAUACUAAGAAGUGAUAUAAGAGACAAGAGUUGAAAAAAUAGAAAGAUUGCUCUUGUAGAAGAGGUGCAUAUAAUAUGUGCGUGAGCAAACAAGUGAAUAACAAAAAGUAAGUAAAUAAGAAUAAGAAAAAAGAGAGAAUAAAUGUGCAUGUGUAAAUAAAAGACAGAGAUAGAUAAAUACAGGGAUAAAACGAAACAGGGUUCCCAAGUAAAGAAAUUAGUGAUAUCACAGUAUUACGUAGCCCUUUAGAUUGCAUUGACUUAAUAGUUUUUAGCAUCUUCUGUACUACAUUACUAAACAAUACCGGACCGAACCUCUUGUUUCAAGUUCCUUAUUACAGCUCGCUACAGAAAAUGUCGCGUAAGGUGAACGAAGAUAUUCUACCUGUACAUGGAAGCAACUUUAAGAAACCCCAAAUACGCCCGAUGAUAGCUGAAUACGAUCCAAAACAACAUGGGGUGAAAACAGAACUCUCAGAUAUGGUACUUGUCAAAUACAAAUGUGAAAAAAAUGAAGUUCCAAUCAUGCUUACAAAUGGUUCUACACUACCACUGGUUGAGCGUCCGAAUGACGAAGAAGCUGAUCUUUACAACCCUUUUGAACACCGUAAACUUGCUCACCCAACUAGUGAUAUCGAUACGCUCAUUCACUUAUUGAAAGGUAGCCUUGGCUCAGGUAUCUUAGCAAUGCCAGUAGCCUUCAAAAGUGCAGGAUUAUUUUUCGGAUUAUUUUCUACUUUCUUCAUUGGUGGCAUAUGUACCUAUUGUGUGCAUAUAUUAGUCAAGUGUGCUCAUAUACUUUGCAGGCGAACACAAACACCAAGCUUAGGCUUUGCAGAAGUCGCUGAGGCAGCUUUUCUCGUUGGUCCUGAAUCAAUUCAAAAAUAUGCUAGACUAGCCAAAGCAACAAUCAAUUCAUUUUUGGUAUUGGAUCUUAUAGGAUGCUGCUGUGUAUAUGUUGUUUUCGUUUCAGAAAACAUUAAACAAGUUGCGGAUUUUUAUAUGGAUCCAGAUUGGGAUGUAAGAAUUUACAUGGCGAUGCUGCUUCCUUUUUUGAUUGUUUUUUCGCUUGUUAGAAAUUUGAAAUAUUUAGCUCCAUUUUCUAUGAUAGCCAAUGGUUUAAUUGCUGCUGGAUUGGGAAUUACAUUCUAUUAUAUAUUUUCUGAUUUGCCGUCUGUUGAAGGUGUUAGAAAAAUUUCAUCUUUGAAAGAAAUGCCACUCUUCUUUGGUAUAGCUAUAUUUGCCUUGGAGGGUAUUGGUGUUGUUAUGCCUUUGGAAAAUAACAUGAAAACUCCGACCCAUUUUAUUGGGUGCCCCGGAGUUUUGAACAUUGGUAUGUUCUUUGUUAUAACUCUGUACAGCAUUGUCGGUUUCUUUGGCUAUUUAAAAUAUCAAGAUGGUACCAGAGGCUCAAUUACUUUAAAUCUAGAUGAGACAGAAGUUUUUGCACAAGCGGUUAAGUUGAUGAUAGCUGCUGCCAUUUUUCUUACAUACGGCCUACAAUUUUACGUACCAAUGGAGAUAAUUUGGAAGAAUAUUAAGCAUAUGUUUGGAGCACAUAAGCUUAUGGCUGAGUAUGCCUUACGUGUAACCUUAGUAUCAUUUACUGUUUGUAUGGCCAUUGCAAUUCCAAAUCUUGGACCGUUUAUCUCACUAGUUGGUGCUCUCUGUUUAUCUACCCUCGGUCUUAUGUUUCCAUCUGUAAUAGAGCUUGUGACAUUGUGGGAUCAAAAAAAUGGCCUUGGACGUUGGAAUUGGCGACUUUGGAAAAACUUCUUCACUAUUUUAUUUGGAGUGCUUGGCCUUCUUACAGGCACUUACACUAGCAUUUGUGAAAUUACUGCAGUAAAAAAUGGUACCAAUACUGGCUAUUAAAAUAUAUUGUUAACGGAUGUAAUUAUCUUAGUACACGUUUUUUACCUAAAAUAAAAAUAUAUAGGUAAUAAAAAGAAAAUAAGCUUAAAGUUUCUCCAUAAGCUUUUAAACCGAUCAAUUUACUGAAUUUAAUUAACUAUAAUAAGUAUAAAAG